UGCAAAACAUAUAACCGGGACAUGAGGCUUUUCCAUAUUACAGUCUUAUGUUAUCCGAUUCACUUACAGCUACAAGGAUUGGACGGUAAGAAGUCCUUUAUCCAGAUACUCGUGUAAAGGACGUGGAAAUUAUAAGAAGAAUACCUGACUCCUGUCGAGUGGAAGUCCUCAGCACAACUCAACAACACCUUCUCAGAUUUAAUUUCAACACCUACCGAAGAAAUACCAGUCAUGGCUACCAAACCCCUCGUCUUACUUACCGGCGCCAGCGGCUUCGUCGGCGCACAUGUUCUGGAGCAAUUACUUCGAACAUCAUCAUAUCGAGUGCUAGCUCCCGUCCGAUCACUCAACAAAAUCCAACACUUCCAAAAACAAUACGCAAGUGAAAUUUCGAACGGCACCCUCAAAUUCACCAGCAUUCCCGACUUGUCAGCCGCCCAUGCUCUCGACGCAACAUUCGAAGAGAAUCCAGUCGCCUACACCAUCCACGUAGCCUCACCAUAUUUCACCACCACUGAUAACCCAAUCGAAGAACUUGUCAAGCCCGCCGUUAAUGCGACCCGCAAUGUCCUGCUCAGCGCGUUGCAGCACGGUACAAAUCUCAAACGACUGACAGUUCUGUCUUCAUUUGCCUCGGUUACCGAUCUAUCCAAAGGUGCUAGACCUGGCUACACAUAUACGGCGAAAGAUUGGGAUCCCGUCACCGAGGAACAGGCAGCUCAGAACGGUGUUCUUGGUUAUCACGCAAGCAAGACCUUUGCGGAGCGAGAAGCCUGGAAAUUGCAUGAUGUUGGAGCGGAUGAAUCUCAGCCCAACAAGGCGCCUUUUGACUUGACUACGCUCUGUCCACCGAUGAUCUAUGGACCACCCAUUCACUACAGCUCCGAAUCACUCCCCAAGGGCGGUAUCGCUGGACUUAACACAAGUACAGCCAGAUUAAUCAAUGGAAUACUAGGCAAAGAUCCGCUGUAUGCUCCCAAGGUGGGCAAUCCCGGGUUACCGGCCUGGAUCGAUGUCCGUGACGUUGCAAAAGCGUGCGUUGCAUCAUUGAGUCUCCCACAAGGGCAAAAUGAUAGGAUUUUACUAUUUUCGGGAACCAACUAUUACGAGGACGGUUUGAAGGGUUUGCGCGAGAGUGGUGUUCAAGGUCUAGGCGAGCCUGGUGCCGUGGCUGAUCCUAAGAAUCAUUUCUCUCUGGAUCAGAGUGGUCAAAAGGAGAUUUUGGGAAUGGCUACGACUAUUCCAUUCCAACAGACGGUAGAGGACACUUAUAGAGCAGUGAAAGCGUUGGGUUUAUUGUGAUAGAUGUGAGAUUGAGUUAGAACCUAUAGGUAGGUCUAGGUACUCUAAGUAUUCAAUUGAGUUCGCGAAACGCA